AAGAGAGAUAAAGAUGAAGAGAAGGUCAGAAAAUUUGAUUUCUCUUAUUUUUUGCACAGAGAGAGAGAGAGAGAGAGAGAGAGAGAGAGAGAGAUCUUAUUAGGGGUUUUGGGCAUCUCGCAAGGUUUUACAGAGAUCUCUCUAUCUUAACAUGGAUUCAAUGGUGACUCAAAAGACUUUUUUGGCUGUGACGGAUGAUGUGGUGUUGCCUGUUAGCUCUGUUCUGACCAUAAUGAAGGAACUCGCAAAGGAAGGGAUUGAGCGUUGUGAUCCUCUAAUUAUUACUCAAGCAUCUACAAUAAAUCAGGUUCCUUUGGAUGCUUCCUCAGUGGACUUGGUUCUAGCCGUUUCCAGAACAUCUGAUUUUCCAAGUGACAAAAUCUAUAGCGAGUUCUCAAGAGUUCUGAAGCCUGGUGCUUCUGUUUUUGUCUGCACGAACUCUGAGGGUGAAACUAUAGAAUUGCAACAGACCCUUCAAAGGAGAGUGACCUUGGCUGGUUUUCUGGAGCCACAGUCUCUUGAUUUGAAAUCAAUUAAGUUGUCUAACUUCAGCUUAUCCGUUGGGAUUAAGGCAAAGAAACCUACUUGGAAGAUCGGUUCAUCAUUUGCUCUCAAGAAGCCUGCCAAAACUCUCCCGAAGGUUAAUCUAGGCGAUGCCUUGGAUCUUAUUGAUGAUCUUAUUGAUGAGGAUUCUCUCUUAACAGAGGAGGACCUCAAGAAGCCACAGCUUCCUGUUGCUAGUGGUUGUGAGACCACUAAGAAAGCUUGCAAGAACUGCGUUUGUGGUAGAGCUGAGAUAGAGGAGAAAGCUGUGAAGCUGGGACUCACCGAGGAUCAAAUCGAGAAUCCACAGUCAGCAUGUGGCAGCUGUGGACUCGGUGAUGCCUUCCGCUGCGGUACAUGCCCUUACAAGGGUCUCCCACCCUUCAAACUAGGCGAGAAGGUAACCCUAUCUCAAAACUUCCUUGAAGCUGACAUAUAAGCCUGUGAAAAGGUCUUCUUCAUGCGUGCUUGUUUCUCACCGAAGCAAAAAACCUUUUGUUUAAACACAGAGUAGUUUGAUCACUUUGUGUCCUUUUCGUAUAUUUCGUGUUGUUGGUACUUUCUUUAUUUCUCGGCUUUUGAAUGGCUUUAGUAGACAAUUGUUGGGUGUUGCUCACAAUACAACAUUGGAACCUUUAUAUCAAUGAAGAACAGCUUUUCACUUUGUUAAAUAA